GAUUUUGCUGGGGGCUAGUCAGUCGGGUUCUGCAUUCCGAGUUUGUGGGUUGAAGCAGCGCAUCAGAAGAGAGCAAUAUUCUCAGAUUUCACUGAUUACCGGCUUGAUAUCACGCGAGACGAAGAGAAAAGUGCAUUAUCAUCAGAAUAGUUCAGUGUGCGAUGGCAGAUCCGCGAGUGAAGGCGCUGAAGAUUAAGACUGGCAUUGUGAAGCGUCUCGCCAAGGAGAAGAUUUCGUACGAGAAGGAGUCUGAAAGGGAGAGGGAACGCCUGCUUAAGUUCAAGAACGACGGGAAGGACGAGUACGUGGUGCGCAAGCAAGAGGAAGUACUUCAGGAGUGCCUCAUGAUCGUUCCGGACACCCAGCGAAGGCUCGGCAAGGCUUUUGAGGAUCUGAGUGAGUUUCUGAAGGCCGAGGAGGAUCUGAAAGAGACUGAGGAGUACAGAAAUGCACAAGCUGUGAUGGAGGAGGCGAAAGUGCAACUUAAGGAUUAA